AUGGCCUUCUCUUUAUUCACCUGGCUUAAAACAGCCUUCAACUACCUCUUCAACAGCACCUCGAACAAAGCCCGCCGACGCACAUCCAUUUGCGGCCGUCUCAGCAGCGACGACCACACUUCUUUGUACGACGGCAUCCGCAACACAACCCGCCGUUUAAGCCGGACCAUCUCCCGCCGUGUACGUCGCAUCUCACCCGGUCAAGCAUAUCUCGCCAUGCAGGAAGACAAGAAAGUUCUCGUGUACCAUCACCACGCGGAUGGAACGAGUGUUUUGCCAGGAGGCAAGGCAUUGGAGGUGAUUACGCAUGGGGUGCUGGAAGACAUCCUUCGAGAGCACGCCAAAACCCUCAAACUCUCCAAGAAGCCCCUCCCACCCGGGACCUCGACCGUCGACAUCUACCAAAAGGACAUCGCCUCCCCAUCGACGUCGCAAGAGAACUUGCCGAAUUCCGAGCAGAAUGUCGCCUCGGUGUCGAUUCCUUUCAAGGUUCAGCUAGGCAAUUAUGUCUUCGAGAGCUAUCGUGAGCUGCUCAUUCUGAGUCGGAGGGUUGGGAGUGGUGAAGUUUGA